AUGAUAACUCCAGCUUUUGAACUGACCCAGGAUCCUGACUUUCUUAAAAUAGUAAUCAAAGUGCCUUAUGCCAGAGCUUCAGAGUUCGACGUGUAUUUUGAAGGGGAAGAUUUUAAAUUUUAUGCUAAGCCGUACUUCCUCAGGUUGACACUUCCUGGAAGAAUUGUAGAAGAUGGCAGAGAAAAAGCAUCUUAUAAUACAGACAAAGGAACUUUCACAAUUCGGUUACCGAAGGAGAUCCCUGGCCAGUAUUUUGAGGGACUGGACAUGCUGACAUCUCUUUUAGCACCAAAGAAAUUAAGAUCAGCAAAACCUUUAGUAGAAGAGAUAGCUGCCUCUGCUGAGUUGUCUGAGGAGGAGGAAGAAGAAUUUGACUGGGAAAUAGAGCAGACCCCUUUCAAAGAUGGUGCAGAAAGCACUCUACCACUACAGUGCCCUUAUGGCUUUGGGAACUUGCGGUCAGGGGUGUUUCAGCGUCUGCAGGAUGAACUCAGUGAUGUUAUUGACAUUAAGGAUCCAGACCAAACUCCUGUAGAUGAACGUAGGAGGAAGCGCCUGGCAGCUGAGGCUGCCAAGUUCGAGCCUGAUCAUUACCUAGCUGAUUUGUUUGAAGAUGAAGCUGUUCAGCAUGUUCUGAAGUACAAACCAUGGUGGGUUGAUGCUCAAAAAAGAAUGACAGCCUUGAAGGGGGAAAGUCAUCAGGAUCAGGACACUCAUACAGUUGUUGUCUUCUCUGAGGAAGAGAGAGAGCAGCUGAGAAAGUUCACAAAUAAAUCUUACCUUCUGGAUAAAAGAAGCCGUCACCAUGUGUAUCUUGGUUUAAUUGAUAUCCUUCUGGCCUAUUGCUAUGAAAUCUGUGUCAAUGAAGGAGAAAAGAAUGUUGAAUCGUCUUGGAACAUAAGGAAACUGAGUGCAACACUGUGCUGGCUGGAGAGUUUCACUAGCAUUCAUGACGUCCUGGUAUCUUUUGGAAGAAGAGUGCUGUGCUAUCCCCUGUACAGACAUUUUGGAUUGGUGACACAUGCCUUGAAUGAUACAGUCAUGAUACUGCAACUGGGAAAAGCUGCAGUUUUGAAGUGUCUGCUGGACAUUCACAAGAUUUUUAUGGAGAAUGACCCUGCCUACAUCCUGAAUGAUCUCUUCAUUACAGACUAUUGCAUCUGGAUUCAAAAAGCUAAGUCAAAAAAGUUGGCUGCACUCUCUGAAUCCUUGCAAAAAACCACGCUCACUAAGUCCCACAUAGGAUUUGAGCUAGAAGAGCUGGAAGUGGCAGCAGUGCUGGUACAAGAGGAAGAGAGCAUGUUAAAAGCUGCUGGCAGAGUUUCCAGGCAACAGCUGCCUUCCUCUGAGUCGGAGACAAGUGACUCUGAAGAAUCAAGCAGUACUUCAUCUGAGACAGAAGGCUCUGAUUCAGAUGAGCCAGAGUCCUCAACCAGUGAAGAUGGGGAAAUAAAUUCUGUACAAGACGCGCUUCAAGAGGAGAGGACAGCUCCACUUACUGACUGUAAUGGAUUAAGGCAGGGCACAAACACUUCGACGUCUGAGGUUAGUGAUGAAAAAUCAAAGGUUUCUUUGCAAUCUAUGUCUCCUCCUGGAAAAUUGAUAGAGGAAUUAGAAAAGCAAAUGCACACUGCAAUUAGACUUUCAGAACAGCCUGAAGGAUUGGCUACUCCAGGCUGCAUUUUACUGGAACAAGAAGAAAACCAUGUAUCUGAACCUGACAGACUUUCAGAAGAUACUGAUGGGAAGGGAAAUUACUUAGAGGUGUCUUCAAAGACAAAUCCAUUGCUUUUUCUUUGCAGUACAAAUGAAGAUGAAGACUAA